AUGGCAUCGUCCUCCCAGCGCAAAAGGGCGAGCCCCAAGCCGGAGCUGACCAAGGAGCAGAUCCAGGAGAUCCGGCAGGCCUUCGACCUCUUCGACACGGACGCCACCGGCACCAUCGACGUCAAGGAGCUGAAGGUGGCCAUGCGGGCGCUGGGCUUCGAGCCCAAGAAGGAGGAGAUCAAGAAGAUGAUCGGCGACAUCGACAAGGAGGGCACGGGGAAGAUGAACUUCAACGACUUCCUGACCGUGAUGACGCAGAAGAUGUGCGAGAAGGACACCAAGGAGGAGAUCCUGAAGGCCUUCAAGCUGUUCGACGACGAUGAGACCGGCACCAUCUCCUUCAGCAACCUCAAGCGCGUGGCCAAGGAGCUGGGCGAGAACCUGACGGACGAGGAGCUGCAGGAGAUGAUCGACGAGGCCGAUCGCGAUGGGGACGGCGAGGUGAACGAGCAGGAGUUCCUGCGCAUCAUGAAGAAGACGAGCCUCUACUGA